AUGGCUGCCGCCCGCCGCUGCCUCUCCCUGCUGCUCCUGGCCACAUGUGUGGCUCUGCUGCUGCAGCCGCCGCGGGGAGCCUCGGGGGCCCCGCUGGAGCCCGUGUACCCCGGGGACCACGCCACGCCGGAGCAGCUGGCCCAGUACGCCGCUGAGCUCCGCAGAUACAUCAACAUGGUGACCAGGCCCAGGUACGGGAAAAGAGACCAGGAGGAAACGCCGCUGAACCAGGAGUGGGGAGCCCCCGACGAGGUUGCCCCCAGGGAGCUCAGCCAGAUGGACGCGUAA